AGACCUAACACAUACAAAAAUGAAUAAAUAUUUUUAAAAAUUUUAAUAAUACUCAAGGAGAAAUUUUUCUUUCAGUUUUUAGAUAACCCUCUGAUAAGAAAUCCUAGAACACAAUAAAUCAUCUUGGGACAUAUUUCUUGAAGUUUUGUGCUCCUCCUAAAAACCAGACCCUUAAGUAAAAACAAACAAAAAACAAACAAACAAAAACUUGUUUUCAAUCGUCCAAAACAUUUUCAAAGAAAAUCUUUGUCAUCCCUUAUCUCCUUGUUAUUUAUGUAGCUCAGAAAGCAAGUACCUAACUUCUUGCUACCAAGGCAUAAUGGUCUCCUUGGAUAGUAUAGAUACGUGGGUGGGUGGGUAAACUGGUAGAUUGGUUUAAGAGAACUGGAUAAUGUGCCCUUAGCAUGUUCCAAGAUGGGAGAAUUUUUAAGGUACUAGAAAAUAAUCUAAUGCAGAAACUUGGUAAAUACAGCAAUAUCAGAAGGGGAGGGGGAAAUUGCCAUUAAUCAGGAAGGAUUUUACUUUUUUCACUUCAAGUUUUUUUUUCUUGCACUUCUGUCCUGUCUACAAAGUUAGGUCUUUGUACUUUAGAGAAGGAAAUUAUGAAUGCCUGAGAGUAUGGUAUUUAAAUGGAAAAUCUGCUUUAGUUUUUCUUAAAACACCACCUUUAGCAGAGCAAAGAAUUUUGAUAGCUAAGUAUAUAAGGAAAAAAGAGGUGAAUUAUGUGCUUGUUAAAGUAAUCUAACUACCUCUUUUACCAUCUUUGCUGUGCAGUAUUACCCAGUAUUAACUGUCUUCCUGUUAUCCAGCCCUUUUAUCCCACAGAGAGGGGAAUUGAUGAGGAUAUGUGCAUUGUGUUAUGUCUGAUCACAGUUUGACUAGCAUAGUCUGGAAGUGGGUUGUGCAGGAUGAGAGCUAGCAGCCUAAUUGCUCUCCCUGCAUCAGCAGCAUCUAUAAAGCAUCCUGGGAAUUGCUCGCCCUACGUUCAGAGCAGCUGGUCACAUGAGCCUGAAUUUUCAGUUCAGUUCAUUAGUCAGCCAUUUUGGUCAACACCCUGCUUACUGCGCACGACCAAUCCUAUUAGAACUCAGCAUCCCAGCUCCUCUGAGCAGAUCCUGGAAGUGAUUUCUGCAGUUCAGGAUUUUUUUUUUUAAGCUAAAUCGAAAAUAUUGGUUUAUUUUUUGUUCGUUUUUUUUUUCUUUUGUACUUUUUUUUUUCCUGCACAGAGAAGGAGGAUUUUUCACUUACUCAUACAGAGGCCAGUUUUUCAAAGCCAGCUAAGGUAGCAUCGGCUGUGCAGGAUUUCAAGCCUCUGGCUCAGCUGAAAAAGAAGGAGGUAGGGAAGGGAAGAUAACAAGAGAGAAGCUGGAAGAAGACAAGCAUCAUCUUAUUUUGCUAGGUGGUAGGAGCUGUCUAUGAGAAGAGAUAGGGUAGAAUUGUUUAUCUUGAACAGUUAGUUCUUAAACCAUAAGGUGUGUUUUUUUUAACCUCCCCCACCCCGUUUCUUGAGAGCUUUGUUGCAGAGCUUUGGAUUGGGGGUUUUUGUUGAGGAGGCUUUAUUUUUGUGCGGGGUGUGUGUGUGCGUGUGUGUGUGUGUGUGUGUGUGUGUUGUGGUCCCAGCUGAGUCAUCAUGUCGGCUCUGACGCCUCCCACCGAUAUGCCGACCCCCACCACUGACAAGAUCACACAGGCUGCUAUGGAGACCAUCUACCUUUGCAAAUUCCGAGUGUCUAUGGAUGGAGAAUGGCUCUGCCUGCGAGAGCUGGAUGACAUCUCACUUACACCUGACCCAGAGCCUACCCACGAAGAUCCUAAUUAUCUCAUGGCUAACGAACGCAUGAACCUGAUGAACAUGGCCAAGCUGAGUAUCAAGGGCUUGAUUGAAUCUGCUCUGAACCUAGGGAGAACUCUGGACUCUGACUACGCACCUCUCCAGCAGUUCUUUGUGGUGAUGGAGCACUGCCUGAAACACGGCUUGAAAGCUAAGAAAACUUUUCUUGGACAAAAUAAAUCCUUCUGGGGGCCUCUAGAACUGGUAGAAAAGCUUGUUCCAGAAGCUGCAGAGAUAACAGCAAGUGUUAAAGACCUUCCAGGACUUAAGACACCAGUAGGCAGAGGAAGAGCCUGGCUUCGUUUGGCAUUGAUGCAAAAGAAACUUUCAGAGUAUAUGAAAGCUCUGAUCAAUAAAAAGGAACUUCUCAGUGAAUUCUAUGAACCCAAUGCCCUCAUGAUGGAAGAAGAGGGAGCCAUAAUUGCUGGUCUGUUGGUGGGUCUGAAUGUCAUUGAUGCCAAUUUCUGUAUGAAAGGAGAAGAUUUGGACUCUCAGGUUGGAGUUAUAGAUUUUUCAAUGUAUCUCAAGGAUGGGAACAGCAGUAAAGGUAGUGAAGGAGAUGGCCAGAUUACUGCAAUUCUGGAUCAGAAGAACUAUGUAGAAGAACUCAACAGACAUCUGAAUGCUACUGUAAACAACCUUCAGGCAAAAGUGGAUGCGUUAGAAAAAUCCAACACUAAACUGACAGAGGAGCUUGCAGUUGCAAACAACAGGAUUAUUACCCUGCAAGAAGAUAUGGAACGAGUUAAAGAGGAAAGCUCCUACAUAUUGGAAUCUAAUCGGAAGGGCCCUAAGCCAGACAGAACUUCAGAAGGGCAAGCACUGAGUGAAGCAAGGAAGCACUUAAAGGAGGAGACACAACUACGACUGGAUGUUGAAAAAGAACUGGAAAUCCAGAUCAGCAUGAGACAGGAGAUGGAACUGGCUAUGAAGAUGCUGGAGAAGGAUGUCUGUGAGAAGCAGGAUGCCCUGGUGUCUCUGCGGCAGCAGCUGGAUGAUCUCAGGGCUCUUAAGCAUGAACUUGCCUUUAAGUUGCAGAGUUCAGACUUAGGAGUGAAACAGAAAAGUGAACUAAACAGUCGCUUGGAAGAGAAGACUAAUCAGAUGGCUGCUACCAUUAAACAACUUGAACAAAGUGAGAAGGAUUUGGUGAAACAGGCAAAGACCUUAAAUAGUGCAGCAAAUAAACUGAUCCCAAAACAUCAUUAGGCAUUUUACAGCUGGUCACCUCGCAAGUUGGAUACCACAGCUUAAUUGUAAAAGGAAGAAAUCUGAAAGUUAUUGCAUUUAUGCUCUGAUUCUAUAUAAAAUGUCACCAAACAUUGAAUUUGCUGGACUUUUAAAAAAAAACGUUUGAUAUAUAUAGGCUGUGUUUUCUUCUUCUUUAUUUUCUCCCCAGAGUUAGAAAAUUGAGUAUAAGUUCUCAAUUAAAUACCAAAUAAACUUUGAGAAAUUACUUGAGUUGACCAAUAAAUAAACACACCAUUAAAAAACAUCCUAGGGAAUUGAAGCUCUGUACAUAUAUGACUGAUACCUUUACAGUCCAGUCCCCAACAAUACCAGUUUCUAGGUGCGAUGUCUGUGUCAUUGAGCCUGUUCUGCCGUUGCGAUGUAAUGAACUAGAGGUGACUGCCACAUGGUCUUGGACUCUUCUAAAGUAGUUCUGUGUCUCUUAGGCCAUGACCCCUUUUCACUUUUGUCAUCUAGGUUUAAUCCCCAAGCCAAGGAUAAGUACUUAGUAUUCCACUACAGUUCUACUCUCAGUAACCAAGAUUGCUUGCAACUAUUUUGCCUUAGUGACUUUGGUGGGGGGCAGUGGGGUGAGGGCGGGGAACAGCAUCCUUACAUUUCUUUAAAGUCAUAGAGAUAAAGUUAGUGAUUAGGUAACUUAUGAUAACAUAAUAAUGUGGAAGCUUGGGAAAACCCUCCUAAUAUUUGUCAUCUUCUACCUCUGCCAUUUUCCUGCAAUUCCACUUCCUAUUUAGGUAGCUCAGAGAGAACAAUUUUAAUAAAAGCACACCUCUUCUAUUAAAAAAAAAAAUACGCUACACGUUUUUCACAUCUAUCCUGCUUUUCCUUUCGGAGUAAAGACAACAAGGCACAGACAUGAGUGAUGGUUUCCUGCCUCUUGUUCCUUGCUGGCAACGUUUACUUAAGAGUUUCUGUUACUUUUUGUUCAGAUGGGAAUUUGCUUAAGUUUCUAGGAGAAUAACAAUCUAUUAGAAAACCAUUUCAGAGUAGGAAAUAGACAAAUGAUAAACAUAUUCAUUAUUAUUAUUUAGUCUAAAAAUAAAGGUUCCCAGUAGGUAUUCAUAAACAAUAAUCAGCAGGGCUUCUUUUUCUAAGUGACCACAGAUCUGACCAUUCCUAGGCAUUACAUUGUAAUAAUCCUAUAAAUACUUUGAUUUUUUUUAAAAAUGACUUUUGAUUUGGGGGAACAGGUGUUAGUUACAUAAGCCUUUAUUCCUUCAAAAAGUCUUGGGAAAAUUUUUGUUUUUCUGUUUUUUCUCAUUCUAGUAGAUUUGCAGCAUUUCAGCUGCUUAAGUGGGGACAAAGAUAACCCCUUUGCUCCCAGCUCUUGAAAUUCUUUACUGUCUUCUUGGAAAAAAACAGAAUUAAGAGAGUAAGAUAGAUUUCAUGUAUGUUUUUAUAGGUCCUUGCAGACUUGAACCAAGGUCAAGUCAAAGAAAAUAUGACCAACUUCAUGGAAGAGCCUGUACUUUUGAACUUAGUUUAUCUCUUAUAAUUUUGCACCUCUUCUUACCUUCAUCAACCUUUUGUGGUGAUGAGGUGCCUUUUCUAUGAGCAUUUGGAAGGAGUGCUCAAACACCAAAAUAAAACAUUUUAAAGACUAUACAUAGUAGCAUAGUAGCAUGCUCCCAGAUUCUAUUACAGAGAGCCCCAGAUAUUUCACCUUAGAACAUGCUUCUUUAUAGGUGCAAAGUUAUAGGAUAUUUGGAAGAAAACAUUCACAACCUUCCAGAGAAUAUGGUCAGGAAUCUUAUGCAGGCCCAGUGCUGAAUUGUUUGUCCACUUAGUCACACACCAGUUGGUAGAAAUGGAAAAGGAAAGAGAUAGCCAAAGGCUUUUCAUUAUGUUAAAAACCCGAAGCCUGGGUAAAGGUUGAUGUAUAGUGUCCAGUGAUUUAAUAUAAUUUGUGGUGUAGGGAAGGGACCAGGAAAAUGUUCUAGUUCCACAUAUAAGAAGGUAGUUGCCCAUUUGCAAGUUCCAGUGAGUAUAAAACAGAAAUAUAAAGUACCAAACCUAUUAGGAAAUAAAAACAAAAAAGUGGAUUUAACUUUAAUUACUAUGUACUUGAGGUUGGCUUUGGAUAUGGAUUUUCUAAAAAGUGAUGUUUUAUUGUUUAUCAUCUAAUGGCUGUAAACUGUAGUACUAGAAUAAAAAAAAAUGGAAAAUCAA